GUCCCGCCCAAGGUAUGGCUAACGUUACAUGUUAUAGAAUUAUUAUCCUUAUGUUAUGGGUGUCGUGCGUCUGUUUAUUUAAAAUCUGCUCCAGUCAUGAAGCUCAUCCUUUUUCAUUAAAGCUCCUCCAUCUGUAAUGAAGCUCCCCCUCUUUCCAUGAAGCUCCUCCUCUAUCAGUUCAUAUAUAAAUACUGGAAAACAUGAGUGAUCCAGAACCCUGCAGAAUUAAACAGGAAGAUUCUGAAGAACAAAUAGAUCUAAUUGAAGCGAAUGAGGGGAGUGAAGAGGAGAAACAAGUCGAAGCGGUGAAAAUCCCUCAUUUACAGACUUGUGGUAUUUUUUUUAUUGAAAGGAGAGAAAAGAAAUGCUUCACCUUCACUCAUUGUUGGAAGAGUUUUAGGCGACCUAAUAAUCACAUCACAAUCCACAACGGAGAGAAAGCAUUCACAUGCGAUCGAUGCGGAAAGAGUUUCACACGCAAAGAAAGGCUUAAAGAACACACGAGGAUCCACACUGGAGAGAAACCCUUCGCUUGUGCUCAGUGUGGGAAGAGAUUCGGAUGCUCAUCGAACCUUAAACAGCACAUGAUGACUCACACUGGAGAGAAACCACACAAAUGCGAUCAAUGCGGCAAGACAUUUUUGAAGCCGUCAGAUCUGAUCAGCCACCUCAGAGUUCAUACAAACGAGAAGCCUUAUUCGUGUUCGGUGUGUGGAAAGAGUUUCACACAUCAACAGUAUUUAAGAAAACAUCAGAAGUUCCACUCUGGGGUGAGAGAGUACGUGUGCUUCGAGUGCGAGAAGACUUUCAUUAGGGUUGAAGAAUUGAAACGGCACCAGAGGAUUCACACUGGAGAGAAGCCUUACAAGUGUUCACACUGCGACACCAGUUUCAGUCAGAUACAACACCUCAGAACACACCAGAGGAUUCACACCGGAGAGAAACCUCACAAGUGUUCACACUGCGACAAGAGAUUCACUCAGUUAGGAGUCCUGAAGACACACGAGAGGAUUCACACCGGAGAGAAACCGUACACGUGUGAUCAGUGCUUCAGGAGUUUCACAUAUUCAUUACAGCUCAAGAAACACAUGAAAAUCCACACUGGAGAAAUGCGGGAGAUGUCGGAAGAGAGUGUUGAUGGUUGAGUGUGGAAAGUCUAUCCAUUUGUCUUCUAUUUGAUUCUGUUAUUA